UCUGGUGCACAUCAGUGCUUCUGUAACUGAACAGACAAUGAAAACGAGCCUGGCUUGGAUUCUUAUUUUCUUUCAGCUUUUUGAAGCCAGUGCAGAGGUGAUCUUUAAACGUCUGAUGGAGGGUCAGUCUGUGGCACUCUCCUGCUCCCGUGAUCAGACCCAUGGUGGCCUGACAGGUCUCCACCUGUACCACCGUGGCGUCCAGAGCCAGACCACCCUGCUGUCCCUGACUGAGGGCGGUGAGGUCAGGAUGGGCCCAGAUCACAGAACUCGUCUGCAGCUCAGUGGAGGACUGAGCUCCCUGAAGGUCAAUGUGACCAUUUCUCACUUAGAGCUGAGUGACACGGGGCUGUACAUGUGGGAGCUGAGCUCCAGAGAUGGUAACGGCUCUGAUCAGAUGACCCUCUGCGCCCAGAAGAUCUUUGUGUUGGUUGAAGGGACAGGGAGGCCAUGCCACUGCUCUCCUGGUUACCCCCCUUUACUCUGGACCAUCUUUACAGCAGCAGGGUUUCUUCUGCUGACACUCACCUGGCUGGCCAUCGAGAAAUGUGUGAAGAUGAGGUCUCAUCGCAAACCGCAACCUCACACUCCGAUAUAUGAGGAAAUGAGCAGGAAGCAGCAGCAGCAGAGCCCCCAGAAUAACCACGAGGCCUCCUCACACCUGGAGGAAGUCAACUUCCCCGUGUACGCUAACCCAAACAUCCGACAACCCCAGGACAACUACUAUGCCUGCCCCAGGCAGCUCAUCCUCAGGGCCUGACACAGCCACAGGAAAUAACAGCAACGCAUCUGCAAAAAUACGAGAGCCGCAAACACACCGAUGGCGAUGUCGCAUCCAGGAUACAAAAGGAUAAAUAACGAGGAGGGGGAGGGACAGCUUUUACAGCCAAGAAAAAAAAAAUGCUAUUUUUAUUAAUAUUUGAAAGAAGCUCCAUAGUUCAUGAAAACAUUUGUUUCGGUGCAUGUCAUUUAACAA